GGGUGAUAGUAAUCAUGGCGGACGCAGAUGAAGAAAGUGAGGAAGACAGUGUUUUUAACUUUAAGAAGCCUUUAGAACUCUUCGAGGAACGAGAGAUCGUGCGGAUAUGUGCGCCAAUGGUCAGGUAUUCAAAGCUACCUUUUCGGUCCUUGGUGAGAAGGUAUGGAUGUGACUUGGCAUACACUCCAAUGAUAAUCUCUGACUCAUUUGUUAAGUCAGUUAAAGCCAGAGACAUGGAAUUUACCACUAAUUCAGGUGAUCGUCCAUUGGUUGUUCAGUUUGCUGCAAGCAACCCAAAAGAAUUUGCUGAUGCUGCUGAAAUUGUAUCACCGUUUGUUGAUGGUGUUGACCUCAAUUGUGGCUGCCCUCAAAGGUGGGCCAUGCAAGAAGGGUAUGGUGCCAAAUUAAUCAGAACACCAGCAUUAAUAAAGGACAUUGUGAGACAGACUGUGUCGCGAGUUCCAGGACUGCCUGUGUCAAUCAAGAUCAGAAUACAUGACGAUGCAAGGAAAACAGUUCAGCUUUGUCAACAAGCUGAAAAGGCUGGUGUGGCCUGGAUAACUGUACACGGUAGAACAACCAAACAGAGAGGUGAACCAGCCAACUGGGACACUAUUAGACUGGUUAAAGAAAGUUUAUCCAUCCCUGUCGUGGCCAAUGGGGACAUCAAGUGUGAAUCCGAUGUCAGAACUGUCCAUCAAGUAACUGGAGUCAAUGGUGUCAUGGCUGCCAGGGGAAUAUUAAACAACCCAGCCAUGUAUGCAGGAUAUGACUGUACCCCCCUGCAGUGUGUGACAGAUUGGUGGUAUCUUUUAGGGGUGAAGAAAGCUCAAGCCACGCCCACAUUGGUCUCCGUUACCGACAAGUAUCCCCGACCUUUUCAUGUGGGAGCCCCCCUGGAAGUACAGGUUAAUAUUGCUCUUUCUGUUGGCACCCCAUUUUCCUGCUUUCACCAUCAUUUGAUGUACAUGUUGGAAAAAGUCACCACUAAAGCAGACAGAAGAGUGUUCAGUGAGCUUAAAAGCACAGCGGCAGUAUUAGAUUAUCUUAACGAGCAUUACAACCUUUAGAACAGCAACAGAAAGUUUCUACUACAGUUUCCUGACUACUGAUGCAGUGGCAAGGAUAUAAGAACAAAAUGGUGACUGAUCUGAAUAGACAUUACUGUCAGAAUAUGAUCACGAAAGUCCUGCGUCGAUGCUGUCACGCCAUAAAUCUCCUUUACGUAUUGCGGACGGUGAUGAGUGUCAUUGCAAACCCAUCUCCUUGAAGUUGCUACGUCUUGGGUUUUGGAAAAAGAAUUUGCCUCACAAACAAUAGAGUAUGGCUUUGACAACAUUUUGACUCAACAGCUUCAUGAUAUUGGCACUACCUCAUGCUUGGGUCACGAUGUGAAGGAACAGGGACUCUUGAUUUGCCAUGAAUACGUGAAACAUGGGCACGCAGGUCGUGCAAGAGCAUUUUUGUGUUAAUUAAAGCCUCUUGAGGUUGGGGCAUUUCAGUAGAAUCUGAUUAGGGUAAUCCAACAAGGUUGUUUGGGUAAGAUGUAUAGACAAAAAAAAAAAUAAUAAAUUUAGCAUUUAUGAUGUACCCACAGUUUUAAACUGGAAAUGAAAAGAUAAGCAGGUGGUAAGCCUUAUUAAGUUUUUGCUGGCUGAUUUAGGUUUGAACGACUAGUAGAUUCAUACUAAAACAAUUAGAUUAUUCGCUCUUGAUUUGUAUGCGUGAUAGUUGACUUGGGUUGCACCUUCGUCAACUAUCACGCGAUAGAAAUCUCGAGUUCAUAAUCUUUUUGUUAAAUAGAAGUACGGCUUUUAGAGUGUGCCUUAUUACACCUGGUUUUCUAAAAUUGCCUCUCUUUAGCAAUUACUUGAGCAGCAAGCACUUCAAAUAACAGCACUGUUAACAGGUUUGACAUUUUCAUUUACUUUAUUUUAUAAACUACAAGACUUAAAAUUGUUCAUCUCUAUAACUGGUUACACAGAGUCAAACCUGUAAAAAAUACAAAAAUUAAAGUCAGCCUGGUCCUCCAGGAGACAAUCAAGUGUUGGCCUGACCUCAGUUCCGCCAUUCACCAAAAAACUAUUGCUAUACGGUGAUCUGAUUGGUUAAUUAAUACACUAUUUGUAAUUACACUGAUUAAGCGCCUGUGAUUACUCUUGUUUUCAUUUUUGGAGACAGUCAUGAUAAAGCUGCUCCAGUGAGACUUAUUCAUUUUCUGAACACAAAUCAGAAGUAUUUACAUGUAAUUAUCAUGUCUAAAUUGAGCAAUCUAGAAUACUUAUGCAGAAAGCUAACAGUGAAAACUUUUUAUCUCAACUUACGGAAAGGGUUCUAUUAUGGGCGCAAAGUCCCAGUCGGAUAUAUUGGAAAUUUCAUCGAGUAUUGAAAAUCUUCAUCUCUGUAAAACGUUUCAACUUGAAAUGCGAGAAUACUUAGUUCUCUGGAUUAUUAUAAAACAUGGUUCAACAACAAUUUACAUGUAAAACCAUCAUCACAAAAGGUUAAGUUUUAGUAGAGAAUACAUUAUUCCCGAGGGAAUACCACUUUUUCGAAAAACGGCUUUUGAAACAAAAUAAUGACAACAUGGCUUGAUUUUCAUAUCGCCUUUAUACUUAAAAAGCUUGACAUUAAUUAAACUAUUGUACAUUCCAACACUGUUACUGUAUUUUUCCUAAAAGUAGGGAAAUACGUUUGGACAAUAAAAUGAAAUGUCAACCUAAA